AUGUUCCUCAAGGCCAUUCUUGAUCGAUCAGAAUUUAUUCAUGAAUUUGUUCCCUUGGGAGAGGAUCCAUUUUCUAAAAUUUGCCAAACCUUCUACCUAUUGCUUCCUGUAAUUUUUAAUGGCUCUGAAAGGAGAGUGACUGUAGACUGGAAGAUUAUCAGACGAUGUUUAUCAUCUCCUGUUUUCAAGAAUCCAGCUGAUGUUGUGGACAUGGGAACCCUUCCUUCAGGUGCUUGCUUGCAACUUGCUAAUGGCUGGAGAAGUAUCCGUGAUGUUGAGAAUAGUUUAGUGUACACUCCAUACCAGCAAAGGUUUUACUUCAUUACAAACAUUGUUCCUGAAAAGAAUGGUUACAGUCCAUGCAAAGGUUCAACCACUCCGAGUCAUGUGGAUCACUUGACAACAACGUUUGGCAUUCAUCUUAGAUAUCCAGAACAACCUCUUCUGCGUGCAAAGCAACUCUUUUGUUUGCGCAACUUGCUAUGCAACCGAAAGAAAGAGGAUUCAGAAUUGCAAGAGCUGGAUGAGCACUUUGUUGAUUUGGCUCCUGAGCUUUGCGAGUUGAAGAUAAUAGGAUUCUCUAAAGAUUUUGGUAGUUCUAUUUCUCUACUGCCAUCAAUUAUGCAUCGCUUGGAAAACUUGCUUGUAGCCAUUGAAUUGAAAUGCAUAUUGUCUGCUUCAUUCUCUGAAGGAGCUAAAGUUACUGCCGAUAGAGUUUUAGAAGCUCUCACCACAGAGAAGUGUCAGGAGCGUCUUUCUCUUGAAAGAUUCGAAACACUUGGUGAUGCUUUCCUCAAAUUUGUUGUAUAUAUACGUGAUCAACCAUUUGAUCCCUGCCAAUUUUUUGCUUUGGGUCGUCCUUGCCCUAGAAUUUGCACCAAGGAAUCAGAAAGAACCAUUCAUUCUCAAUGUGAAAGCCAUGUGACUGGUCAAGCAAAGGGUAGUGAAGUCAGAUGCAGCAAAGGUCACCAUUGGUUACAUAAGAAAACAGUUUCUGAUGUGGUUGAAGCUCUCAUAGGAGCAUUUCUAGUUGACAGUGGCUUCAAAGCUGCAAUUGCAUUUCUUAGAUGGAUAGGUAUUGAUGUGAAAUUUGAUGAUUCACAAGUUAUCAAUGUUUGCCAAGCAAGCAGCUCCUAUGAAACACUCGCUCCUUCCAUGGACAUUGCUGCCCUUGAAAAUUUGUUGGGGCAUCAGUUCCUAUAUAAAGGUCUGCUUCUACAGGCAUUUGUGCAUCCUUCUUCCCACAAGAAUGGAGGAGGCUGUUAUCAGAGAUUGGAGUUUCUUGGAGAUGCUGUCUUGGAUUACUUGAUCACAUCAUAUCUAUUUUCAGUUUAUCCUAAAAUGAAACCGGGUCACUUGACAGAUCUGAGAUCAGUGUUGGUGAACAACAGGGCCUUUGCCGGUGUUGCAGUUUAUCGAUCUUUCCACAAUUAUCUUAUAUGUGAUUCUGAUGCCCUUUCUGCUGCCAUAAAAAAAUUUGUGGACUUUGUUAGAACACCUGAAUCAGAAAAGCGUCUGCUGGAAGGACCAAAAUGCCCAAAGGUUCUUGGUGAUUUGAUAGAGUCUUCUGUGGGUGCCAUUCUUCUUGACACGGGAUUUGAUUUGAACUAUAUCUGGAAGAUAAUGCUAUCUUUCUUGGAUCCAAUCACAAGCUUUUCCAAUUUGCAGAUAAAUCCUGUGAGGGAAUUAAAAGAACUUUGCCAGUCUCAUAAUUGGGAUUUGGAGGUUCCUGCAUCAAAGAAGGGCAGGACUUUUUCAGUUGAUGUAAAACUGAGUGGUAAAGGCAUGUACUUAUCUGCUUCUGCAAGCAACUCAAAUCAAAAAGAGGCUAUUAGAAUGGCUUCAGAACAAAUAUUUGAGAGACUGAAGGAUCAAGGUCUCAUACCAAGGACUAACUCUUUGGAGGAGGUUUUAAGGAAUAGUCAGAAGAUGGAAGCCAAAUUGAUAGGAUAUGAUGAGACCCCCAUAGAUCUUAUUGCUACUAAUUUCCCUGGAGUUGAAAGCUUGAAGAUCCAGGAACCUUUGGACAGCAGCUGCGGCUCUGAAGUGAGAGAUUCUUGUUCACCCUGUGUCAAAGCUGUUAAUGCACGGUCUCCAUCUCUGUUAGAUUUCACUGGAAGGCAGCCCAGUGAGACUACUUCAGAUCUUAGAUGCGACAAAAAUGUGCAUAUCACAGUGGUACCCAGAAUUGGGAAAUUCUCAUGGACUGUUUUUGAGUUACGAAGAGAAUCUCAUGAAAUGCUCCUCCCCAUGGAAUCUCACAGUUAUGUGACAAACUUCACCCCCACCGCACUCUCUUCUUCUCCCCCUUCUCCUGCUGUUUCACUGUUUGUUGGCAGCAAGAUAUCUAUUAUGGAAAUUCAUCAGUCCCGUAUGGAGUAA